AUGGUGAGGGAACAGCGCGGCCUCCCCGCCGCGGUGGUUGGCGGCCCAAAGGAAAGGCACAUGAGGCAGAACAGGUCCCAGUACGACCCGUCUGCGCCUGUGCCCGAAGGCUUUGUCACAAAGACCAUCCAACCCAAGUCCAAGCAUCACACGUACUUUGAGUUUGUCGCCAACGAGAACAAGAAGAAGAAGCUCGAAUACCAGUUCACCCCCAAGAAAGAGCCGCCCCCAGGGUUCGAGUUUGUUCCCAUAGGCAAUCCCGCUCUAACAACGGCCUGCAAAGAGAUAUCUCGAGAAAAAGAUGCCAUGAUCUUCAUCGUUUCCAGUUCCAAAAGCCGCCCCGGACAUCAAAUAUCGGGUCAAACUCACCGCAUUGGCCAUCACAUCAGGGCAAUCAUUGUCGAGGAGGCCAAAGACAGCCUGCGGCACUUUUCCUCCCUGCCCAUCGUCUCCACGAAUGGAUCACCUGAGCCGAUUCCCGAGUCGCAGGAAAUCUAUCACGCACAGGCUGACGCUGCUCUCAGAGAUUUGUUUCCUCGUAUCCCCAACACUGAUCGUCAAGCCAUCAUUGAUCAUUCCUUUACCCGAGGCGUGGCCACGAGAGGCGCGGGGCCCGUCGGCCUUUCCAAAGACAUUCCCUUGGCUAGAAGAGUCCAGUUAGCAGUGCUGGCCCAUAUCCGUCAUAAUCAUACACCUUAUGACCAGCUGCUCAAGGAGGGAACCUGGGAUCGUGCCCGCAAACUUGUGGAACAGCCUUGCCUUGACACCCUCGUCCAGUGGCGAGGGGAUGAAGAAACUGGCCGCGAUCAGUUGGACGAAAUCCUCCGCGAAGUAGUCGUCAUUUCAGACUCUGAGACUGGAGAUUCCGACGACGACGAGUCUACUUACACUGCCUCAGUCGAGGAGUCCGAUGUGGAGCCCUCAGUUGCUGGACCGUCAAGCCCCAGGUUACCCCGGCCAGAACCCGAAUCAGAUAUUCUCAUGGACUUGCAGACGGGCCACGUUGGGGCUCAUCCUGUACAUGUGCAGUCGUCUGUUUCCGACCCUAAUCAGCAAGACUCUAGAUCUCACAGGCGAAACCAACGAGGUUUCAAACGGUACCGUGCGUGGGAGGAAGCCAUUCGGCGAAAUAGAGAGGUCCGGGGCUCCUCCUCUUCCACGGCCAUGGAUACUGACACCGGAUCUUACCCUAUCCAUCACCGGCAGCAGCGUCUGCGCCCUAUUGUUUCGAUGCAGCCAAUUCAUAUACCGGCGUUCCCAGGGCAAGCUGCUUCCCGGCCCAUGACACCCCCGUCCCAGGAUGUACCACUUCCCUCGAUAGAGCCCAUAUCACCAAUGCAGCCCUCGUUUGUGCGUUGCAUACCUCCUCAACGGGCUGUCGAUACUCCGCACCCAGAUGUCUGGAAUCAGCCUCAGUAUCAGACUGCCGUACCUGGAGGAAGUGCUCCAUACAUGGUAAACCCCGGCCCCCCAUCGGGGUACCCGAGAAUGUCUCCUCAGAUCCCCAUGAAUCACCCUUAUCGGCCACCUUACGGGACAGAAGUAUAUCUCCAUGCAUCUAGGCAAGUAAACGAUGUACAACCACCCGGACCUAAUGGCGCCUUUCAGGUUGACGCUUGGCAAGUACAACCACAAGGUCCUACCACCGCUCACAGAAUAAUUAUGGAUGUAAACCGGCCAGGAGAGCGCUCCAACCCCAUCGUUAUGGAGGAUCGGGGAGGUUUCUACGAGCGCGUCACCCAGCCAGAAGAACAGAGAGUCCCCGUCCUAGAGGAACCCAUUUUGAUUCGUGAAGUGGAACGACGCUGGUCUCGGCCCCCGGAGCCGUAUGGAAGCCGCCAGUAUGCUGCCUCGCGCCGCGAGAGUCCGAUGGUGCAGGAUCACGACAUGGAAGGCGUCGAGCUGUACCCUGUCUCGCGGGAGAUGACGCAUGCGGUGCCUCCGUGGAGAGCUCAAUACCGGACUAGUCCCCCGCAGCCGGCUCCCAUGGCGGUUUCCGACCCCCGAGACUAUGGCGCGAUCCAUAUUCGCGCCGUGUCGCAAUCACCAUCUCAUGCCGAGCACCAAGGGAUUUUCCCAUCACCUCGUAGGGACCUGUGA